AUGGCAUCGGCGACUACUUUAAAGAGCUGUGAAUCAAAGAACGAGUUGAUCGAUUCUGAUCAAAAAACUGGUGAAAACGAGAAGAGAAAUGCUGAUUAUAGAACUCUUUUGUUCUCAUCCAAUAAGGUAUUGCGGCAUGAUCUAUCUGAAAAUAUAUCUGACAUUGUCCGUCAAAAACUGGAGAAAGCCAACUGGCUGACGAUUAUUGGGUACAAGUAG